AUGUCGUCUUCCUCCGUCGAUCCUUUGUUCGGAAUGGUCAAGGCCUACGCUCCGGCCACCAUUGCGCAUUUUGGGUCGGAUUUUGAGAUGUUGGGAUGUGCUCUGCGCGGUAUGGGGAACACGGUUACACUCAAGAUCGACUCCGAUCUUCCCGCCGACGAACUUAUUCUCCUUAACCUCCAAGUUGUCUUGAAUCGUCUCAACAUUCCCGAGAUAGCCGGAGUAUCUAUAUUCAUUCAACCAGGGGUUCCACCGGGGAGGGGCUUAGGCUGUACGACGGCCAUCAUCGCCGCCGUGGCCAGAGCUAUCAAAGAAAUGUUUGGAGAUGUUUGGCCUAUUGAGGAUGUGAUUACGGCUGCUCAAGACUUGGGUGUUUAUCUCAUAGUCACAUAA